AUAUGUGAAAGCAUUUGAAGCAGCAGCUUUUUCUAUGUAAUUUGGCGGGGAGGGAUAGAGGCAGAGAAAAAGGUGGAUAUAAUGGGUGAGUUGCACAUCUGAAACACUGUGUUAUCAUGACAGGCAAUGAACCAUCGGAGGGCAGGAGAUUCAUAUAGUCCAGUUACUUGAUAGAACUUUAAGGGAAGGAGCAGAUGUCAUGUUGCACUGUAGCAACUAACUGUAACUACUGGUACUUUAACUAACUUUAAAACUGACUUAACUAUAGUAUUAUUGUUAAAAGGUGGAUACACUGAGGUGAUUUAAUAUAAAGUAAUGUUUUAUUGUGGCUUUGGGAAAGUUUCUUUACAAGUCAUAUGUUGUUUUUGUGAUUAAGUAUAAAGGAGAAGUAUAGAGUAUGCUUUGUAACAACUGUUAAGUAAUUGCUACCAUUUGCAUGUGUUAGUGUUUCUGUGGUUAAAUACGUGGCAUACCAGUCACAAGUUUAAUAUUACGUUUUCAAGUUGGAUUGCCUGCAGAAAAGAACCAACAUCUUGACAUUUAAGUUUAUUGAUAGAUUUAUAUGAAAAAACUGUGUUUGGAUUACCAGUAUAUAUAAUAGUGUCUAGUGCUAUCAGCAUGUAAUUUAUUGGAAUAACGAACAAUGCAAGGAGAAUUCUUCGAUGGGCUAGAAGGGAAGAUGAACUAAAAUGGCGGACGAGGGAACAAAUGUACAGGUUAAAACGGAAGCAGAAAGUUCAGAUGGAAGUCCCCCGCAAAAUAAGGAAGACGCAGCUCAGAAAUUACGUCGGAUUACGGUUAGCCGACCCCCCAGUAGUCACAUCACACGAGUAGACGAAGAACCUCCAGGUGAAUUGAGUCGCAAAAGUAGUCUUACUCGAACGAACGUAGAAACUGUAGAUAGGGGGGUCGGACCCACACCUAUACCUCCACCAUUACCACCUGACCCCCGUUACUCUUAUUUUGGUCUUCCACCUGGUAUUCUUGAUCCACGAAACAGUCUCAUUGAUUCACCUUAUGGUCUUCCAUAUCCAUUACAUCAAGUGCCAUAUCAUUCAAUAAAUGCUCCAUUACCUCUUAAUCCUCAGACAUUAGAAGGUCGAUAUAAUUGGCCACCAACAUCAUCUAGUUUUCAUCAUCCAUUACCAGGGUUGCCUCCGAGUCCUUCCCAGUCAGAUGUCUCAUUACUGAGUAUGCGGAGUGGAUUUGGUUCUGGAGAGCCUGUUAUGCAACUUGCUUCACGCAUACAGUUGGAACAUUUACAUCGAAAUAUUUACUACGGCAAUUCAUAUCCAAGCAGAAGGUUCAGUCCGGCCGGUGUACCAGGUUUACCCCAGACUGGACCUGGAUCUCUAAUAAGUGAUUAUCCUCCUCCUCCUCCAUCUAGAAGUUUAUUAUCUGAUCAUAUACCCCCUACACCAGGUAGUGGUAGUAUAACGUUACCAGGUUCUCUAGAAAGUUCAAGGUAUGCAAGUCCCAGACCGAGCAUUGGAGGAGGAGCAAAAAACAGUCGGAAACGAGCUUUAUCUCAUUCACCAAUCUCUGAUUAUCUUGAUAUACAAAGUUUGACUCGUAGUUCCGAGGGGUCAUUACAGCUGACUCCAUUUCCCACUCACAAUUCCCGUAGUUCCAGUGCGGCUAGUGGCUCCUAUGGACAUUUAUCUGCAGCUUCCUAUGGUGCCGUCAGUCCAGCUCACCAGCCGAUGUCACACAAUCCUUAUAUCCGUCCUUAUGGCAAUGUGCCAACCUCGCCUUUCUUUUAUCAACAAAUGAUACCGCCUGUGAUGGGGCGUCAGAUGCCACACCAUCUUGGAUCAGGUUUACCCCCUACCUCACAACCACUGGUUACUCCCUCAAAAUUUGAACAUCCACAUAUAUCAACAACAAUAGGUAAAGAUGCCAGUAGUAGUGUUGUUAGUAGUACAAUGGAUUCACACAUUGAAGCUAAAAAAUCAAAAAUUAAAAAAGAAGUUGAUACGUCACAUCAUGAUCAUUAUGAUGAGGAUGAUGAAAGAGCUAAUGGCGAUGGACAUGGUAGAAGUGGACAUAUACCACAAGAGGGAGAACCAGAUUUUAUAGAAACUAAUUGUCAUUGGGUAGAUUGUACACAAGAAUACUCAUCACAAGAAGAACUUGUUAAGCAUAUAAAUCAAGAUCAUAUACAGGCUAAUAAGAAAUCAUUUGUUUGUCGGUGGAAUGAUUGUAGUAGAGAAGAGAAGCCAUUUAAAGCUCAGUAUAUGUUGGUUGUACAUAUGAGACGACACACAGGAGAAAAGCCACAUAGAUGUACAUUUGAAGGAUGUAAUAAAGCUUACUCAAGAUUAGAGAAUUUAAAAACACAUCUACGAUCUCAUACUGGUGAAAAACCUUAUAUGUGUGAAUUUCCUGGUUGUAGUAAGGCUUUUAGUAAUGCUUCUGAUAGAGCUAAACAUCAAAACAGAACUCAUUCUAAUGCUAAACCGUAUGUAUGUAAAGCUGCUGGUUGUACUAAAAGAUAUACAGAUCCUAGUUCACUACGUAAACAUGUUAAAACUGUUCAUGGACCAGAAUUCUACGCCAACAAGAAACAUAAAACUAAUGAAACUCACUUCAAGAAGGAAGAAGAUCCGGACAAAGAUCAAGAUGAAACAGAGACUAAGAAAGUAGAAGAAUGUUUGAAUGUAUCUUCCUUACAAACUACUUCAGGUGAAAGAAGAAAAUCUCAGGAUCAUGUAGGUUCUACAGUGUCUCAGUCAAAUCCGUCUCCACAGAGUAGUCCUGAGGUAAAUGUAACCAAUAGCAACCAACCUGAAUUAAUAGAAGAUAACAUAAAUAGUGGUACCGGUUUUACGGGUGGAAUUGAAGAAGAAGUUGAAAUACCUGAACCUGAAGAAGCAGAGAUUCCUGGUUCUGGUUCAGAGACACUAUUGACAAGAAGAAAUCGCAUCAAUUCCAGUCAUUUGAUUAAUAGUAGACUGAAAGGUCGUGUCAAUAAUGUUAAUUCAGCUUUACCACAAAUACCAACAAUCAACAGUCCCGGUGGUGGAAGAAAUAGUGCUAAUACUCAGCCAACAUUAACUGAUAUCAGUAAUAAAGUCAGUCAAAUGAAAGGAAGUCCACAACAUAAACGUAUUACUGAUCUAGCAGGAAGAGAAGUGACUAAUAAUAAUCUACUAUAUACUGGUAAUAACAGACGUGAUAGUAAUACUAGUACCAUCAGUUCUUACUUCAGUAGUAUGAGAUCAGAUACCAGUCCUUAUUCUUACGGUAGUCAAUUCUCAAGUCGACGUUCUAGUGAAGCUUCGCAAAUAUCAAAUCGUCUCAGUAUAACUAAUUCUCCAUACGAGUAUGAUAUGACUGGAAACCUGCCGUAUCAAUCACGUCGCUCCAGUGAAAGUAGUGGUGUAGGGAAUGUGGCUGACAAACUUCAAAAAGCAACUCUUGGUAGUCAAACCAAUCUUUAUAAUCAUCCGCAGCAAAUCAGUAUGAGAAAUCCAUCCAAUAAAUAUGCAAACGAACGUCUUGCGAGAUUUUUUGCUAAUCGUAAGACUGAAAGAGAAUUGGAUGGUGCCAGGACCAGCAUGUCAUGUCGUACUCCAUUACCACAUGAAGUACCGAAUCGUGAAAUAAGGAGAGCGAGUGAUCCGGUGAGGACGUUAGAUCCGAAUUUCAAUGUGCUGAAAAGACUACAAAGGUUUCAUAGUUUAAAUAUGAUGAAACCAUUACCGAUACCCCAGGGUAUGAAAAGUUUACAACAGAAAUAUGGUUCUAAUAAUACGUUUCACUCAUCGCGCAGUAGUAUAGCAACAGAUUAUAGUCUAGCUGAAGAUCAAGAAUAUGGUUCUCCCGGUGUAGUCAUGGAAACUGAUCAUGAAGCAACUCUAGAAGAGAAAAUGAUGGAAGAUAAUGAAGACAUGAUAAUUCCUGAUGAUAUGCGGCGAUUUCUUAAUGAACAUUGUAUGGCUGGUGAUCCCAAUAAUAUGCAUGAAUACGAUUCAAAUAUGAUGUAUAAUAUGAGUGAAAUGGGAGAUAACUCUGUACAUCAAUCACUGUAUCCUAAUCAAGGGUUACACAGUAAUUAUCAUAAUUUACAGGUACAUGGUUAUAUGGAUAAUCAGGCUAAUACGAUGAUGGGUAUGAAUGGUGGUGAUCAGUUUAAUGGUGGACAACCUAAUCAGGGUAUGAUGCAGAGUAUGCAGCAAGGGUGGAAUGCUGCUAAUGGAGCUCACAAUAUGCACAUGAGAAAUAUGAUGGCUCAGGGACAACAAAAUCCUAACAUGAUGCGUAAUAUGAAUCCAAAUGCUAAUAUUGGUGUACAGCAGAAUAUGAUGCAGGGUAAAGUUGGUAAUCAAAUGAAUCAAUGGAAUCAAAGCAUGGUUAAUCAAAAUCAAAAUAUGAUGCCACCACCACAACAACCAAUGUACAGCCCUACACCCCCUGGUGUCAAUAAAAUGAUGAUGCAAAAUCAACAUCCCAUGAUGCAACAGAUGAGAAAUCAGUAUAUGGCAUCUGGUCAACAAAAACAAGAAAGAGACAGUCCUAAAGUUCAAGUUCCACACAUAAGUCAGUCACAGAUACCACCUAACGCUAAAGCUGCUACACGCCAGAUGAUGAGACAACAAAUGAUGCAACAACAACAACAAAUGUAUGGGAACAUGCAGUAUCAACAGCAGAUGGCUAACAACACAAUACAACAGCCACAACAAAACUUUUCACCUAAUAAUAUGCAACCUAAUCUCCCCAUUCCUCCACAUAAUAAUCAAAUGUCUAAUAUGCAAUAUAUACCACAUCCACCAAUGUAUCCACAAAACUCAAACACUCAACAAGGUUGUCAUUUACCUGCCGGUGCUAAUAAUUCCCAUAAUCCACUAGAACGAUCACCUGGAAGUAACCAAGUUACAAGUUCUACAGACAGGAAGGAAACAACAGCGCCCCCUAUUGAAGACUUUAUGGAUAAUCUACAAUCUAUAUCUACAGAAAAUUUACUUGAUAACAUUAGUUCUAUAUCAACGGAGAAUUUAAGUGCGAGUGUGAAUAUGUUCAGCCCAAUGGCUAUAGGUUCGAGAUCUGCAUCUCAAUCUUCAUCACGCGUUAACUCUGUGCUUAACACUUCAAAUAUGGUGGUAAAUGACAUGAGUUCCAUGCUAACUCAAUUAGCAGAAGAAAAUAAAUACCUUAAUAUGAGGAACUAGUGAAUUAUGUUAAUAUUGUUGUUAUUGUUAUAGACUUGUAUAUAUAGAUAAUUUUAUAUAAGCAAAAGAAAUUAUAAAGCAGUUUCAUGGUGCAUUAUGAUUAGUGUGUACAGUGGAAUUAAAAUGUAGAUUAGAAUAAUUAGAUAAUUUUUCGAGAAUGGAAAAAUUUCAUAUCAUAUAUUUUCAUCAAAACAUCUUGUUGGUUAUCAAAAAGCAAUAUUAUUAUGGGAUGUUUUAAAUAUUGUAUAUUUUGAGACAUAUUUUAUAGAUUGGAAAAGAAACAUUUUAUAGAUUACAGACAAUACCAUGGGAUUUUAUCAAUUUAUAGUCUUCCUUAAGUGUUUAUAUUUUUAUUGACUAUGCAUAUAUGGUGCUAAAAUGUGUAACAUAUAUUAUACUCGAUUGAUAUUUGUGUGUUUCCUAUUGUUAUUAGGAAGUUAUUGCGUGCUAAUGUUUGGAGGAAUAUUUUUAAACAAUGAAGAAUACAGACUACUGUAGUGUCUAUAUAUGGUACAGUGUACUACUGACUUAUAAUACUUACUGGUGUUAUAUAAAGGUUAUAUAUUUUAUUAAUGUGUUCACUGUCCAGUUUAACUGCAUUUAUUUUAUUACUACUUUCAGUUGUAAGUCAUAAUCAAACCAUGCUGAGAGUAUUAAUACUCCCCCAACCAUGCAAGUAUUUCAAUGAAAUUGAAGUCUACAUUUGAUUUUCAUUUAUUUCCAGGCACAUGUUCCAGUCAAAUUUAGAUAACUGAAACAUUUAACUGUGCCUUAGCUUUUCUUUCUAUCUGUCUUAAUACUCUUUCUUUAACUUGCUUUAUUAUAAAUCUGAAUGAUAUUGAGGCCUGAUGGUACCAAAGAUUAAAUUACAAUGUAUCUUGAUCAAUCGGUUUGAUUUUGUCACUGCUUACACUAAAAUUUGAAUCUCAAAUCAAACAUCUCUUAAAGUGCUACUUAAAAUAUGCAUUUUUAUAUUAAAUGUUAAUGAUAAUUGUUUACAAAUUGUUACAUUAUUAAAUCAAGUCUUAAAUCAUUUUGAAAAUAGUCUAACUAUAAACCUACUAACUAUGUGCUAUAUAAUGAUUUACAUAUUUUCCUCCCCAUCUUUUACUUUAUCAAUGUUGUUGUCUGAUUGAAGACUUUUUUUUCUAUUAAAGAACAUAUUGAGAUUAUUUCUGCGGCAUAAUACUUACAUUGUUUAUAAAUGAUGCAUGAAUUAUUUCUAUCAUUUUAUUAUUAAUUGUUUUAGAGAUAUACAGAUUGUAAUAAUUUUUAGAGUUUAUAGAUUCACUUGACUUGCAUAAUAUAAUUAUGUACAUUCAUGUUAUAUUAAUACCAUAAUAUAUUAUUAUAUUUACCUUUUACAAGGUAUCAUUACAAUCCAUUCAUACUAUAUAACAAGUGUUCAAAUAUAUAUAGUUAGCUACUGCUAAUGUAAAUAAAUCAGCUAUCAAA